AGCAAUGGCGUUUUCAUUCAACAGAGAGCUCCGGAUCUCAGUCACCAUUGUCACUUUUUUCUUCCUCUUAGUUUCCUUUCCAGGGAACACUUAUAGUGAAGAAGACGAUUCAGAGGUAGGAGGUGAAGGUGGAGGAAUUGGAGGUGGCGGCACAGGAUUUGGCGGUGGUGGGACUGGUGUGGGAGGCGGAGGGACAGGUUUUGGCGGAGGAGGAUUGGGUGCUGGUGGCAGUGGUGGAGGAGGAGCAGGAGGAUUAGGCAGUGGUGGGACUGGUGUGGGAGGCGGAGGAGGAUUGGGUGCUGGUGGCAGUGGUGGAGGAGGAGCAGGAGGAUUAGGCGGUGGUGGGACUGGUGUGGGAGGCGGAGGGACAGGUGGUGGUACUGGAUUUAACGGCGGAGGGACAGGUUUUGGGCCUUUUGGCGGAGGAGGGUUGGGUACUGGUGGAGGCGGAGCAGGAGGAUUAGGUGGGGGUGGGGGUAAUGGAGGUUUCGGAGGAGGAGGAUUAGGCGGCGGGGGAUUAGGUGGGGAAGAUCCACCGGAGAUAGUUGCCAAAGCUUUGGAAUGCUUAAAUGAGAAACACAUAUACAGAGAGUGUGAUGAAUCAUGGAGGCUAACGUUAAACGGAGACCUAAAUAUUCCGCUGGGGAGGACAGAAGAGUUCUGUGAAGGACCAUGCUUCUCAGAAACACAUUUGGCUUUGAAUUGCAUUGAAGAAAUUAUUCACCACUACAGAUUCUUUAACAGAGCCACCAUUCACGACAUCCGUGAAACCCUCAAGUCUGGCUGCAGCUACGGACCUGAACGAGGUGUUUUCAACGUCUUGGAGCAUAUUGAAGAUGAAGAAGAAAAUGCAAGUGAGAAGAUAAAGUCAAGAUUUGGGCCGUUGCUAUUCAUUAUUGCCUUGCUUCUCUAAGACCUCUCUUAAUUUUUAAUCUUAGCCAUUAUCUGAUAUACAUAUAUGUUGCUUAUCUAGUUAAUACAAUAAAUAUAAACCGAACUAUUUGAAUACUUUUUAUGGUGGAAUCUUUUCACUUCCAUUAUAUUCAGAGGCUCAUGUGUUCUUCAAAAGAAGAGCCAAACCGAUGAGAAACUGAGGUCAGAUUGGAAGUUUUUUCUGACGUUGCUUCAUCGUUUACAUAUCAAUAGAUGGGGAAGCUUUUAUUUGUUGGUGAUCAAAUCUGUCUUCAAAGACAAAGAGGAGACUUUUACAUUCAAUAUUGAGUUCAC